AUGCUCACACUAUUUCAGCAUUCUGUAUGUGUUGGCCAUAUUGCUGGCAGGAGGUUCUCCUGCAGUCAAGGUCAAGUGUUUGUGUACAUAGGUGGCGUUUUGAGAACCAGCGCUUACCUCAAGUUUCCAAGUCUUUCAGAGGUAAAAAUUUAACCACUCAGUACUGAACCAGUUUAAAACUGAAUGAAAUAGUUGAACAAGGUAUGUGAAAGCUUGAAUCAAAUGCUAAGACAAUAAGAUGUGAACGUUUCGACUUAAUGCCUUCUUCAGCAAACAGGACAAAUAAAAACACAAGAUGCAGAGCACAGUAAAAAAAACUUUAGAGAUCUCCUUUGUUGCUGCCGGAUGAUUCAACAUAACUUGUUCUACUAUUUCAUUCACGCAGCUUGAAUGGAGUCCUUCAAUUAUUAUCUUUUAAAAUUGAAGCAUUUAUGAUUUUAAAAAAAAUUAAAAAUGGAAUUCAUAAUAACCUUAUUUUUUUGUUCUGGUUCAUGUUGUGUCUCACCUAUUUUAUAAACUUCCCUUGUCUGCUUUGUCACAGCCCUUCAACAUCUGUAGGGUGGGAUCACCAGGAGUUAGGAUUGGAGUGGAAGCAGUCAAAGACGUACCAGCAUACCACCAAGCAGAAGUGAAAAAAGUCUCACCACUCAAAUCAAUAUUUAACCUCAAGCUAUGGGCCUGGGGUAAACACUUUCACGUCUGGUACCCAGGAUGA